CUUCAUCAACAUUCUAGAGUUAUUACUGGUUUCGACACUGAAGUAUAGUACAAAAAGUUAUAAAUGAAUAUUUAAUGCACUUGAAUGUGUGACCUAAAAGAGCUCAAUUAUUGACUAAGGGUCUGUUUGGUAUAUGAUGUAAUGGAAUAGAUGAGAGAAUGGAAUGAACAAAGGAUUGAAAUGGAUCAUUACAUAUAAAUGCACGGGGAUUUAUGCCAUCCUUGACAUUCAAGAUCAGUUCUACAGUCUGGGUACUCAAAAGAAGGCUAGCAAGUGAGUAUGGAAGGAGUACUACAAAACAUGAAACCAGGCGAAUUUAUUCGAGUAGCACCAUGGGGACAACCGGUCAGAGAUCCUCAGAAGAAUAACUGGUCUUUUGAAAUUGAGGAAGGUCAUAAGCUGCAAAGUAUAAGGAUUGGUCAUGCUGAUGAUGUGAUAACCUCACUCACGUUCACCACCGAGUUUAGAGGUGCAUUGAGCAUUUCUAAUAAGUUUGGUAGUUCGGCUAGAGCACAAUCAGUAUCGCUGGUAACGUUUGACUCGGAUGAGGAAAUAGUUGGAAUUAAAGUAAUCUUCGGUCUUAGUGGCCGUGACACAUACCUUUCUUCUUUGUUUUUUAUAACCAACAAGAACACGCAUGGACCUUUUGGUGGAAUAACCAAUUCUUUGUUCUCCUUAACAUGGAACAAAGGCUCGUUAGUUGGAUUUUAUGGCAAUGCCAGCGAUUGGAUUGGUGGCAUUGGCGGCAUUGGUGUCUAUUUGAAAGUGUAUGGGGAAAUCACGAGGAUCGGAACAUGGGGAAAACCUCUUCCGGCAUUUCGACAAACUAUUUGGUCUUUCCAACUUGAGGGGAAUUAUCGUUUGAGCAAGAUAACCAUUGACCAUGGCGAUGCCAUAAACAACUCUUUGAUGUUCAACUCUUCUGAAAAGGUGGAUGAUCCGAAUGGACUUUCCAUAAUCGAUCACGUAACACUCGAUGAGGUUGAAGAAAUUGUUGGCAUUAGUGGCAUGGUUGGAACACUCCCCACCUGUCAAACAAUAAUUUCAUCGAUAUCAUUCACGACGAACAAAAAAACCCAUGGGCCAUUUGGUGAUAAUGUCAAAGGGACACCUUUUUCUGUGUCAUGGGAUGCUGGUUCUUUUGCUGGAUUUUAUGGCCUUCAGGUCGAUUUUGAUAGUAUCGGUGUCUAUUUGAAGGCUACAAAUUAGGAUAUGGAAAACAAAUAUGUAAUUUGUUCUUCUAUCUUCAAAGUUAUUUCAUAUAUCAUAGGAUAAAUUAUACUUUUCGUCCAUUAUAUUUGUACCAGAUUGUAGUAGACGUCUUUUAACUUCAAUAAUUACAGUCGUAGUUUUUUUUU